AAAUACUCCUCCCCCUCCUCCCCUCCCCCACACCCUCCUCUCUCUACUACCUCCACACCAACAACACAUCAACUCAUCAACCAGACGACGAGCAAUCGAGAGAGAGAGAGAGAGAGCAAGAGCAAGAAGAAGAGGGGCGGCGGCGAGCCGGCGACCGGCGAGGGUGGGUGGAAUUGCUUGCUGUUUGUUAUGAGGUGUUGGAUUAGAUGAGAGGAAUGCCCUUUGGUGGUAGCGCUCGAGAGGGGCACGCGGGGACACUACACAUACUGCAGGGGGGGCUUGGCCUCGCCGCCGCCAAGGUCGUCUCCGGCGCCGGCGCCGGUGGGUUUUGGGAGCCAAGGUCGGUGCUUGACCACCGCCACAGCCCCAGCCCCAGCCCGCCCACCUCGGCUUCCACGCUGUCGUCGCCGCUCGGCGCCGCCGCCGACGUGGCGGCCCUCGCCGGCGCUAACGCCAAGAACGUCUCCCCGCCGCCGGUGGGAUGGCCGGGGGCGGGGGGAGGAGGAGGAGGAGGAGCUGCUGGGGAGGAGGUGGCCAACGCGGGGGGGAAGGAGGAGUGGGUGCACCAGCUCACGCCGCUUGAUAUGGGGCUUGGCGCCGGGGAAGGGUGGGAUGCCGCCGGCGCCGUGCUGUCUGAUGCGGCGGCGCCGUCGGGGCUGGCGCCGGACAAUACCUUCCUUCGCUGGAUCAUUGGCGGCGAGGACGCGUCCGCGGCGAUGGCGGGCGUCAUGGACCCGCCGGUUCUUGAGCUCGACCAUGGCGGCGCCGCGCCCAUGCUGUCCCCGCCCGCCGCCGCGUUCGGGCACAACCUGUCGUCGUUCGCGCCGGCCAUGGAGGACACGAAGCCGGUGGUGUCGUUCGGCGCGCAUCCGCCGAACAACUUCCUGCUCCACCACCACCAGCAGCACCACCCGCAGCCGCACGCGGCGUUCUUCGGCGCCCACCCGUCGUUCGACUCGGCGCCGCCGCCUUCCAAGCGGCACCACCCGAUGGCCGGCGCGCCGGCGCCGAAGCUGCCUCAGUUCCCGUGCCCCCUCGGCCCGGCGGGCGGGUUCGUACCCGCCCUGAAGCCGAAGGCGGAGGCGGCGAACGACGAGGCGGCCGCCGCGGUGGAACAGCUAGCCGAGGCGGCGAAGCUGGCCGAGGCCGGCGACGCUUUCGGCGCCCGCGAGAUAUUGGCGCGGCUCAAUUACCGGCUCCCCGCCGCCCCGGCGGCCGGGACGCCACUGCUCCGCUCUGCCUUCUACUUCAAGGAGGCUUUGCGCCUAGCGCUAUCCCCCACCGGCGACGCCCCCGCGUCGUCGGCGUCGACGCCGUACGACGUGGUGGUCAAGCUCGGCGCGUACAAGGCCUUCUCGGAGGUCUCCCCGGUGCUCCAGUUCGCGCACCUCACCUGCGUCCAGGCGGUGCUCGACGAGCUGACCGGCGCGGGGUGCAUCCACGUGCUCGACUUCGACAUCGGCAUGGGCGAGCAGUGGGCGUCGCUGAUGCAAGAGCUCGCCCAGCGCCGCCCGGCCACGGCGCUCAAGGUGACCGCAUUGGUGUCGCCGUCGUCGCACCACCCGCUCGAGCUGCAGCUCAUCCACGAGAACCUCUCCAGCUUCGCCGCGGAGCUCGGCGUCUUCUUCCAGUUCACCGUCUUCAACAUCGACACCCUCGACCCGGCCGAGCUCCUCGCCAUCGCCAGCGGCGGCGACGCCAUCGCCGUCCACCUCCCCGUCGGCUCCGCCCACGCCGCCACAAUGCCCGCCGUGCUCCGCCUCGUGAAGCGCCUCGGCGCCAAGGUCGUCGUCUCCGUCGACCGCGGCUGCGACCGCUCCGACCUCUCCUUCGCCGCCCACCUGUUCCAGUCGCUCCAGUCCGCCUUCAUCCUCCUCGAGUCCAUCGACGCCUUCGGGACAGACCCUGACACGGCCAGCAAGAUCGAGCGGUACCUGCUCCAGCCAGCCAUCGAGCAGUCCGUGCUGGGCCGCCACCGCGCCGCCAUGGACAAGGUCGCGCCGUGGCGCAGCGUCUUCACGUCGGCCGGCUUCGUCCCCGUGCAGGCCACCACCUUCGCGGAGUCGCAGGCCGAGUCGCUCCUCAACAAGGUGCACGUCAGGGGGUUCCGCGUCGAGAAGCGCGCCGGCUCUCUCUGCCUCUACUGGCAGCGCGGCGAGCUCGUGUCAGUCUCAGCAUGGAGGUGCUAAACCUUCACCGUCGCCGUCGCCGCCGCCGCCGCCGGCGAGCAACAAAGCCGUGGAGCCGACGUAUCAAGGAGCCGCGGAUUAGUUAGGGACUAAUGAUCCUACUCUUCCAAGUGAAAGUGAAGUGUUUCUUUUCUUUUUCUCUCUCUUUUUUUUACCCUUUAAUUUGUGUUGUAAAAUGAUCUGAGCUGAUCACUACUCGCUGCUGCAUUAGUGUCCUAAUUAAGAUUGAGCAAGUAAGUACGUACGUCGUGUCACCUUGCAGAUGGCUGCAUGCUCUGCUCCUCUGCUCUGCAUGCCCAUCGUCAUGUCGCAAUGGUGUUGUACUGGUACAGUAGCUGCUGCAUUUCUACUGCUCCUUCACCGUCACCUGUGUUACUACUACUCGAUUCCCGUGAAGAAAAAAAAAAGAAGAAAAACCAAUGGCUAUGGCUUAAUUUGUUCUUCCAUUUUACUACUUGCUAAUUGCUAUUGCUAGUACAGUACACGUGUGCAAUGGAACAGAGCCUGUUUUGAUUUGGAACACCACUAACGUGAUGUCACCAACUUGAUCAUG